UCGAAAGGCAGGUGGGCCGUCAAGCGUCGCGAGGGCGGCGCUCGGCGGCCGAACCGGGCGGUCGAAAGGCAGGCGGGCCGUCAAGCGUCGCGAAGGCGGCGCUCGGCGGCCGAGCCGGGAGUCGAAAGGCAGGCGGGCCGUCCAGCGUCGCGAAGGCGGCGCUCGGCGGCCGAACCGGGGGUCGAAAAGCAGGCGGGCCGUCCAGCGUCGCGAGGGCGGCGCUCGGCGGCCGAGCCGGGAGUCGAAAGGCAGGCGGGCCGUCCAGCGUGACGAAGGCGGCGGCGCUCGGCGGCCGAACCGGGGGUCGAAAGGCAGGCGGGCCGUCCAGCGUCGCAAAGCGUCGCGAGGGCGGCGCUCGGCGGCCGCGCCGGGAGCCGAAAGGCAGGCGGCCCGAUGUGGCUGCAGCAGCGGCUGAAGGGGCUGCCGGGGCUGCUGUCGAGCAGCUGGGCCCGUCGCCUGGUCGCCUCGCUGGGCCUCGCCCUGCUCGUCUACUGGUCCCUGGGCGGCGGCCUGCAUCUCCCGUCGUGGGGCCCGCGUCGGGGCGCGGACGACGCGGCCUCGUCCAAGUCGACCCCCUGCCCGUCGGCCGUCGCCUGGCGGGGCGAGGCGCUGGAGGCGGACGGGCGUCGACCGGCCCUGGCGGGCAACGGCUUCCUGACCCUGGACGUGGCGGCCAACCGGCUGUGGGUGCGGCCCGCGGGGGCGGCGGCCGCCCUGCCCCUGCCCCUGCCCCGCCCGCCCCUGGCGGUCCUGCGGCGGGACGAGGGCGAGGAGUCGACGUCGACGACGGCCGUGCUGCCCCGGGAGGGCUCCGUCCUGCGGGUGCGGUGCCUGCCGCCCGACGCCGUGCUGCGGGAGGACUUCGCCGCCCACCGCCGCCGGCCGCGCGUCUACCUGCAGCGCGUCCGCCUGGACGACCCCCGCGGCCGCCCCGUCGACCUGCGGCCCGCCGGGCCCCGCGCCAGCCCGGAGGCCCCCCCGGAGGCGGCGGCCGGCCGCCGCUUCGUCGUCUACGGCGCCCGGGCCCCGCCGCUGCCCGGCGGCCGCGUGGUGCUGGCGGCCGUGGCGGCCGAGCGGCCCGACGGGGGGCUGCGGGCCGGGCCCCGGGCGCCGCUCGACCGCACGCUGCUGGGCGUCGUGCACGUGUCCGACCCGCUGCACCCGCUCGACGCCCGCGGACCCGCGGCCGACGCCCUGCUGCGACGCCUGACGGACGACGCCCGCGGCGAGAUGGCGCAGCUCCUCCAGAUGCCGCCGCAGAUGCUCUGGGACGAGCACCGGCGGGACUGGGACGACCUCUUCCUCUCCGGAGUUGAAAUGAAGAAGAUCAACGACGCCCACACGCCGUCCAGCGAGACGGUCAACAUGACCCUGUACUACGUGCUGUCCUGCUCUCCGACCCCGCCGCCCAACAGCCCCCUGAGCCCCCGGGAGCGCGACCGAAUGGAAUCCAGCCCCAACUACGCCGACCACUGCUUCAGCGGCCACGCCACCAUGCACGCCGAGAACCUGUGGCCGGACAAGCUGGCCGGCGUCGCCCAGGUCCUGCAGCUCUCGGACCUGUGGAGGCUGACGCUCCAGAAACGGGGGUGCAAGGCCCUGGUGGCCGCCGGGGCCCGAGGGAUGAUGCAGGGGAUGGUGCUGAGCUUCGGGGGGCUGCAGUUCACCGAGAACCACCUGCAGUUCCAGGCCGACCCCGCCGUGCUCCACAACAGCUACUCCCUGCACGGCAUCCACUACAACGACGACCUCAUCAACCUGGCCGUCCUGCUGGACGCCGAGGGGAAGCCCUUCCUGCACGUGUCCGUCAGGUCGCACGGCCGGCCCGUCCGCAUCUACGCCUGCGAGGCCGGCUGCCUGAACGAGCCCGUGGAGCUGACCUCGGAGGCGCGGGGCCACACCUUCCCCGUCAUGGUCACCCAGCCCCUCACCCCCCUGCUCUACAUCUCCGCGGACCUGACCCACCUGCAGGACUUGAGACACACGUUGCACCUGAAGGCCAUCCUGGCCCACGAGGAGCACAUGGCUAAACAGUACCCCGGAUUGCCCUUCCUCUUCUGGUUCAGCGUGGCCUCCCUCAUCACGCUGUUCCACCUCUUUCUGUUCAAACUCAUCUACAAUGAGUACUGUGGGCCGGGAGCCAAGCCGCUCUUCAGGAGUAAGGAAGACCCGAGUGUCUGAGCGAACUAACGGUCCCGCUCUCAGCCUCUGACCCUGGGCAAGUCAGCCUCCGUUCGCACGAGACCCGGCACCCGAAAGUCCUGCCGAUGAGAACGAGGGACCUUUUGAAAGCAACAACCCAAUUGUGCCUUGUCGGGGGAAACCGGUGACUUGGAAAUGUCGGUGGCUCUUCGGGAGUUGACGCAGGAGCGAACGGGUGGCGUUGGAGGGAGUGGGAGGGAGCAUCUGGGCCUUUUUUGUAAGCUUUUACUCAAUAAAACGAACCUAUGUGGAAAUAUACUUGAAAAUGAACCGACUCCUUCAACCUAACCCUUUUCACCUCCCAGGACGUUACAACGUCCUUCCGCCCUCGGGGCUGGAAGACUCACUCUUUUUCCUAAUUCGAUGUCCCCUUUCCGCAAUGCCUUCUUAAUUUAUUUUUGAUUGAGAUUUUUUGGCCUCCCUCGGGGUAGCUAAUCAUAGAACCAAUUACCGAACAAAUCCAGACUGUAUUUUGCUCUGCUGGAUGGGGCGACUUGGGGAUCAGAUUUCACUGAAUCUUUCCAAUGUGAAGGGUGCACAGGCUAUUUCAAAGAGGCACAAUUUCUGGGCAGAAUUUGAAUGCUAUUUGUCUGUCUCACCUUAAACCUAUGGAGAUGUGUCUUUUUGUGUCUUCUGGCAGGUGGAGGGGUUUUGACCUAGUUGAUUGAAGACUGUUUGGUUUUGAAAUACCAAAGCUUUCUUUUUUUUUUUUCCAGUUUGUUUUUAAAUAAAUGCCUUUAAAUAAACGUCA